GUGGAAGCGAAACCAGAAGAAACAGCCAACGAGCCGACUGAUAAAAAGGUUGCUCCGAAAGACGAACAAAAGCCAACUCAGCCGGCCACCGACCCCGCCAAGGUCGAAGAGGCCAAAGCGAAACCUCAAGACGUUAAACCUGCUGCACAACAAAAGGUUGAAGAAGUGAAAAAGGUGGAAGCGAAAUCAGAGGAAACAGCCAUGAAACCAACUGAUAAAAAGGUUCCUCCAAAAGACGAACAAAAGCCAACCCAGCCGGCCACGGAGCCCGCCAAAGUCGAAGAGGCCAAAGCCAAGCCUCAAGAUGUGAAACCUGGUGCUCAACAAAAGGUGGAAGAAGUGAAAAAGGUGGAAGCGAAACCAGAGGAAGCAGCCAAGAAGCCGACUGAUAAAAAGGUUGCCCCGAAAGACGAACAAAAGCCAACUCAGCCGGCCACCGAGCCCGCCAAGGUCGAAGAGGCCAAAGCGAAACCUCCAGGUCGGUGCAAUAUGCUAACAAAUGUGGCAGUGUUUCUCUAUCGUUUUGUGCUUCUUAAAAUUUAGACGUUAAACCUGCUGCACAGGAAAAGGUGGAAGAAGUGAAAAAGGUGGAAGCGAAACCAGAAGAA